AACCAUACAUGGUAUGAUAGCUGGGUGAAUGAUAUGAUGUGAUAUGAUAUAUGAUGAUAUAAUGAAUGCCAUAAUAAUAGCUUAAACCCACCACUCCCACUGUCCUACAACUAACCCUCCAAAACAUCCACUCUUCUCUACUCCUUUAAAUACUUCCCCAUCCUCGUCACGUUUUCUCAUCCUCUCACAUUACAAUCAGAGAAGGAAAAGAAGAAACCCUUAAAAGAAUAAAAAAACUCAAACCAGAAGAAAAAACCCUCUUCACUGCAAACUAUGGGCGAGACGAAGAACGGUGGCGAAAAGAAGAAUGGCGAUGGAGGUCAGAAGAAGAAGGACGAUAACCCCAUUACUGUGGUCUUCAAAGUCGACAUGCAUUGCGAAGGUUGCGCUUCUAAAAUCGGGAAGAUAGUUAAGGCUUUCGAUGGGGUCGAAGCAGCGAAAACAGAGUUCGCGACGAACAAGCUAACAGUGAUCGGAAAAGUUGACCCGUCGAAACUCCGGGAGUUGCUUGCCGAGAAGGCUAAAAAAAAGGUCGACCUGAUUUCUCCACAGCCGAACAAGAAGGACGACAACAACGCAAAAAACGACAUCAAGAAGAAAGCAGACGAACCUAAGAAGAAGCCCGACGAGAAGAAACCCAAAGAGAAGGAGCCUGCGGUGACAACGGCGGUACUCAAGCUGAGACUACACUGCCAGGGUUGCAUCUCGAAGAUUCACAAAACGGUAACGAGGACCAAAGGAUUUAAUGACAUGUCGAUAGACAAGCAGAAGGAGCUGGUGACUGUGAUUGGCUCAAUGGACAUGAAAGCUCUGGCCGAGAGCUUGCAGGAUAAGUUGAAGCGACCCGUCGAGAUUGUGCCCCCUAAGAAAGAGAAAGAUGCUGGAGAAAAAGGAUCCGGUAAAGGUGAUAACGCUGGCGGUGGAAAAAAGAAGGGAGGGGGCGGCGGCGGUGAUGGGGGUCAGAACGUGUCGGCUGAAGGUGGAAUGGUAAUGAUGGAUGAGAUUAGUAGAAUCAAUCAGUAUAUGGGUCAGCCUGCUUUUGGGUACGGGUACGGGCAUGGGCAUGGUUACCCGCCAGCUUACAUUGGAGAAAAUGUCCACGCCCCUCAAAUGUUCAGUGACGAGAACCCAAAUGCUUGUUCUGUCAUGUGAGAGACAACACAUGGAAAAUUUGUAAAUAAGAUCGUAAACAGAAAAUUAUCGAGUAGAUAUGGAAAUUUUGGUUGGAUUUUAGGUUAUGUAAUUUUUUCUGUUCUCUUCUAAUAUCUCUUGCUACUCUUUCCUUUGGUAUGUUUCUUUAUUUUUUGAAUUAAUUCCCGAUAUCUAGUCGGUUUACAUUCAAUUCUAUGAUAAGUUUUUGGCUUGGUUA